UCGCUGGGUUCCCGGGACCCCCUGGUGACCGGCGGUUCGCCGGGUCACCGGACUCAGGCCCCAGGCCGAGGCUGCUUCCUCCCGCGCCACGGCCCAUGGUUAGCGGCCAGCAGCCGGGGUGCGGGCGGGGCGCUCCGGGGAGGCCGAGGCCGCGCGCUAUUCCUGUCGCUGUGAGCUACAGGCCUGUUAUGUGUGGCACCCAAUCACGCCUCCGACCGGCCGAGCUGCCUAGCGCACCCCCGCCCUAAUCCCCCAGGCUCUGAUUUGAUCCUCCGCGCGGAACACUCUCACCCCCCCUGCCCCGUAGCCAGUUGUCCCCGGUCCUUGCGGGUGCCCGCAGAACCCGUCCUCCUCGUCCACCCCCGGGAGGUCAGAGCCUUCGCCUCACACUCCCGGGACACCCCGAGCCGGGCUACAUCUGCGCAUCUGGGCCGUCGGAGAUCCAGCACCCUCGGGAGUCGGUCCACUCGCAGCUCGGCCCUUCCAGGUGAUGGUGCGCGGCCACUGCGGCCCCUGGGCAGGUGUGGGUUCCUCAAACUGGGCCGGGGAGGGAGGUUUGAGCAACGCGCUGACAGCCUCAGCAGCCGCCAAAACCAAACCCUGCACCCGCCCCCCUGCCCCGACACACUCCAAACUCCGCGCCCUCCACCACUAGGGGCUUUGGAAACCGUUCCACAACCGAACUGGCUCCGAAGGGGGCAACGGGAGAUUUGCGGACGUGGGCAAAGAAGCCCCCGCUUUAAACUGAGCAGGCAAAAACGAGCACCUGCUAGGGCCUUUGCGGCUCACGUUUGAGUGUCCUGGGGGUGCCGGGCCCCGAGAUGCCUCCGGCCGCGCACGGCUGGCCCCAGCCCCCGCCUGGCCGCUUCCCGCCCUGGGCAUCAUGAGUUACUUCCUGUCUUACUGCAAAGCUCAUGGCAGCGCGCUGCUUACCGGCUACCAGGCCCUGCGGGCCGAGGGCUUCCUGUGCGACGUGACACUGGAGGCCGAGGGCAGCGAGUUCCCGGCGCACCGGUCGCUCCUGGCGUGUUCCAGCGACUACUUCAGGGCCCUGUUCAAGAGCCACACCCGGGAAUCCCGGGAGUCCGUGAUCCACCUGCAUGUGCCGUCGGCGGCCGGCCUGCAGCGCCUGCUCGACUUCAUCUACACCGCCUGGCUGCCGCUGUCCAUGGACACCGUAGAGGACACGCUGGAGGCCGCCAGCUACCUGCAGGUCACAGAGGCCCUGGGGCUGUGCGGUCGCUACCUGGAGCGCCAGCUGGCCCCGGAGAACUGCUGUUUCGCCGCCAACGUGGCGGCGCGCUUUGGCCUGGCGCACACGCUGGACGCGUCGGAGCGCUGCAUUGUGCGUCACCUGCGGGAGCUGCUGGCGAGGGGCUCUGGCCCUAUGGGGCUGCUGGAGCUCAACCCCGCGUCGCUGAAGGCCGUGCUGGGUGCCCCCGACGUGGCGCGGGUGCCCGAGUACCGGCUGCUAGGCCUGGCGUUGGCCUGGUUGCGGCGGGAGCCCAAGGCCGAGCGCCUGGCCCACUGCGCCGCGCUGCUCGAGCGCAUCCGCUUCGGCCUGGUGCCGGCCAACAUGCUACGGCGCAUGUACUCGGGCUCUGGCCUCGCGCUUCCCGCCCGGGUCAAGGGCCUCAUCAUCCAGGCCCUCAACUACCACACGGCGCCGUCCCGCCAGCCUCUCGUGCAGGGCGAGCAGACCAGUGUCCGGAGUCCCCAAACCCGCAUCUUGUUGGUCGGGGGGCGCAGGGCGAGGGAGGCGGUGACUGAGGAGGUUGCGGCCCCACGGGGUGCAGCCAGGGGCAGGGGCGCCCCAGCUCAGCCCGAGGAGGAGGAAGAGGAGCAGUUGGAAGAGGAGGAGGAAGAGGAAGAGGAGUGGGAGCUCACCCAGGACGUGGUGGCUUUCGACGUGUACAACCACCGCUGGUGCAGACUCACGCGGCUGCCCGCACCACUACUGGGGCACAGCGUGUGCGCCGCGGGCAACUUCUUGUUCGUUCUAGGCGGGGAGAGUGCCUUCUCUCCCUUGGCUGACGGCCCGCGGGAAGUCACGGCCCAAGUGCACCGUUACGACCCUCGCUUCCACACUUGGACGGCGGUGCCCGCUAUGCGAGAAGCGCGGGCGCACUUCUGGUGUGGCGCCGUGGGCGAGGGGCUUCUGGCUGUCGGGGGCCUGGGCGCCGGCGGCGAGGCACUGGCCUCGGUGGAGAUGUACGACCUGCGCCGGGACCGCUGGACGGCGGCCGGGGCGCUCCCGCGGGCGCUUCACGGUCACGCCGGGGCUGUUGGGGACCGUGGCGUCGUGUAUAUCUCCGGGGGCAAGGCGGGGAAAGGCGAGGGCGGCGCGAGCAGUCUCAGGGACGUAUACGCCCUGGGUCCUGGGGAGCGGGCGUGGAGCAAGAGGGCGCCUAUGGGCACGGCCCGCUUCGGGCACCACAUGGCUGCGCUGCGUGGCGCGGUGUUCGCCUUUCUGGGGCGCUACGAACCCUUCUCUGAGAUCGAGCGCUACGACCCCGGCACCGACCAGUGGACUCGACUGCGGCCGCUGCCCUACGACCGCUUCUCCUACGGGCUGGCCGUGGUGGAGGAGACAGCGCUGCUGCUGGGCGGUGUCAAGUGGCGGGGUUCGCGCCAGGUGCCAACCCGCAACGUGGUGGGCUAUGAUCUCGACCUGGACCGCUGGGAGGACAUAGACUGUGCGCUGCCCUGGGCCUGGAGUGGCCUGCAGUGCGCAGUGCUGCAGCUGGCCGAGGGUGGGGACGAGGAGAGGGAGGGAGAGACCAGAGAAGCUCCAGAUUUAGUGCUGGGCCUCAGGGGUUAGGGCAGUCUCUGGCGACAGAGGAGAAAAUAGUGCUUGGGCAAGUUUACAUAGAAAUACGUGGGCGUUUCCUAAGAAUGGGGCUCUGGGAGCAGAGUGGCUUCUGAAGAUUAAGGAAGCAAACAAAGGCUUGGCCAAAGGGCCAUUUCCCUUUAAGGUGAGAAUGGGAGACAGGAUGGGUCAAAUAGGAUAUAUGAAUCAACUUCAGUGAGCUAGGGAUUUCUAGAAAUUCUCAUGCUGGGCCAGAGAUGGGCUUUCAAAAGGAAAAUAUGACCCUAUUUUCCCUCUUACAAUUGAAGUGUUUCCCUAGGUGCUAAACAGUGAUUACUUUUGUGCCAAACAAACAAAUGGCCAAAAAUGUACCAUAAUAAGUUAUAUACAAGACCCAGAAAAUCAUUAGCUAUAAAGGCUGUCAUAAAUAGCCCUAGAACAUGGCAUUAUCUGAAUAAACAGUGAAGGGAAAGUGCCUUGGUUAAACACCACGAAAUCAUUGUAAGGAGAACUAUGAUUUUAUCAUCCAGAACCAUGGUUCUGUUCUGACGGUUUACUAUAAAUAUGGAACUCAGAGGGAAAAAAAUCUUAAGAGAGCACCUUUUUUUUUUUCCUUUUAUUGAGAAAAUGACCUAGGUUAAGUUUUUCUGUCCCUCAUCCUUCAUGACCCUUUGUCUGCUUUUGCCUUAAGCUUUAGGCAGCUCAUUGGUUUUAAGUUUUAUUUUAGCAACCCUUAGCCAUAAUAAUGAGGCGCUUCCGGUUAAGUGGAACACCUAACAAAAAUGAAACCCUAUUUCUUUCAUCCUCUUUAAAUGUUCAUUCUGUAGACAUGCUGUAGGUUAUACUGAAAAAAAAAAAAAACACCUUAUUUUUGGUGGCUCCUCAACCCACCCUCCCAAAUUUCCCCAAAGAAUCACAGAGAAAGGAAAGAGAGAAGUAGGUGAAAAUUUCAAGUUCACAUCAGGUAAAUGUGAAACCAGCUUGAUUUUACAGGGUCUCAGAGACGAUGCUUGUAUACACUGUAUGGGUGAUUUUUCAUUGUACCACCAAUGGAGUGGCAGAGUUAGAACUCGUAACUGUGGAGGGAUGGAAAGGUGGCUGUGUGAUUGUGUCACAAAGGAAUAUGGUGAGG